AUGGACAAGUCCAUAGCACUCGGUCCGGUCAUUCGGGAAGAAGUUAAUCUGGAGACUAUACCCAUUGAAGAGGUUUUCAAAUGUCUCGAAUGCACGCCACAAGGUUUGGACACGAGCCAAGUUCAGGAAAGAUUGGGUAUAUUUGGAUACAACAAACUCCAAGAGAAAAAUGAAAGCAAGGUUCUCAAGUUUCUGGGGUUUAUGUGGAAUCCUUUAUCUUGGGUGAUGGAAGCAGCAGCAAUAAUGGCCAUUGCACUUGCACAUGGAGGGAAUAAGCCAUCUGAUUACCCUGACUUCAUUGGCAUCAUCGUGUUGCUCAUCAUCAACUCGACCAUCAGUUUCAUUGAGGAGAACAAUGCUGGGAACGCUGCAGCUGCCCUCAUGGCUAGAUUGGCUCCAAAAGCCAAGGUUCUACGAGAUGGAAAGUGGAGCGAAGAAGAAGCGGCCAUUCUGGUCCCUGGUGAUAUAAUCAGCAUCAAACUCGGAGACAUCAUUCCGGCUGAUGCUCGCCUUUUGGAAGGAGAUCCUCUGAAAAUUGACCAGUCUGCUCUAACUGGGGAGUCUCUCCCGGUGACUAAGAAUCCCGGUGAUGGGGUAUACUCAGGCUCAACAUGCAAGCAAGGUGAAAUUGAGGGUGUGGUCAUAGCAACUGGAGUGCACACUUUCUUUGGCAAAGCUGCUCAUCUUGUCGAGAACACUAACCACGUGGGGCAUUUCCAGAAGGUUUUGACCUCAAUAGGGAACUUCUGCAUAUGCUCGAUUGCAGUCGGGAUGCUGAUUGAGAUCAUUGUGAUAUAUGGCCUCCAGAAGAGGCCGUAUCGUCCUGGUAUAGAUAAUCUCCUCGUGUUGCUCAUUGGAGGGAUUCCGAUUGCAAUGCCAACUGUUCUGUCUGUCACCAUGGCUAUUGGAUCGCAUCGCCUAUCUCAGCAGGGCGCUAUAACGAAGAGGAUGACUGCAAUCGAGGAGAUGGCCGGGAUGGACGUCCUCUGCAGCGACAAAACAGGAACCUUGACUCUGAACAAGCUUACUGUGGACAAGAACAUGAUUGAGUUGUUUGCCAACGGAGUUGACAGGGACGCGGUGGUGCUGAUGGCCGCAAGAGCAUCGAGGCUGGAGAAUCAAGAUGCAAUCGACACUGCAAUCGUCUCAAUGCUGGGAGAUCCAAAGGAGGCACGAGCUGGGAUAACGGAGGUGCAUUUCCUGCCAUUCAAUCCAACAGACAAGAGAACUGCUCUUACAUACACAGAUAAAGCAGGGAAAAUGCACAGGGUUAGCAAGGGUGCACCGGAGCAGAUUCUCAACCUAGCACACAAUAGAUCAGAGAUUGAACGAAGGGUGCAUGCCAUCAUCGACAAGUUUGCAGAGCGUGGACUCCGCUCCCUUGGAGUUGCUCGGCAGGAAGUGCCUGCUGGCACCAAAGACAGUCCCGGUGGCCCUUGGGAGUUCGUUGGCCUUCUCCCGCUCUUUGAUCCUCCUCGUCACGACAGUGCUGAGACGAUUAGGAGAGCUCUCGAUCUUGGUGUCAGUGUCAAGAUGAUUACAGGUGAUCAAUUGGCCAUUGCUAAGGAGACAGGAAGAAGGCUUGGGAUGGGUACAAAUAUGUAUCCUUCGUCAUCUCUGCUCGGUGGUUCCAAGGAUGAGGCGAAUGCUUCUCUACCCGUGGACGAGCUAAUUGAGAAGGCCGAUGGCUUUGCUGGCGUCUUCCCAGAGCACAAAUACGAGAUUGUGAAGAAGUUGCAAGCUAGGAAACACAUCUGUGGGAUGACUGGUGACGGUGUGAAUGAUGCCCCCGCCCUCAAAGUAGCUGACAUAGGGAUUGCUGUGGCAGAUUCGACAGAUGCUGCACGUAGUGCUUCUGAUAUAGUUCUGACUGAGCCCGGUCUGAGCGUGAUCAUCAGCGCCGUGCUGACGAGCCGCGCCAUUUUCCAAAGAAUGAAAAACUACACGAUUUACGCAGUCUCCAUCACAAUUCGUAUAGUGCUGGGAUUUAUGCUGCUCACUGUGUUCUGGGAAUUCGACUUCCCUCCAUUCAUGGUGCUCGUCAUUGCCAUCCUCAACGAUGGUACUAUUAUGACAAUAUCGAAAGACAGAGUGAAACCUUCUCCAUUUCCGGACAGUUGGAAGCUAAGUGAGAUAUUCGCAACUGGGGUAGUCCUUGGAGGUUACUUGGCUCUAAUGACUGUGAUAUUUUUCUGGGCUGCAUACGAAACAGAUUUCUUCCCGAAUCAUUUCAACGUACGAAGCUUCAACAUCCACCACCACAACAUGUCGGAUCACACACAAGCGGAUCCACUCAAUGAGAUGAUGUCAUCUGCAGUUUAUCUUCAAGUCAGCACGAUCAGCCAGGCCUUGAUCUUUGUGACCCGCUCGAGGGGUUUUUCUUUCUUCGAACGCCCUGGUCUCCUUCUUGUCACUGCUUUCCUCAUUGCACAGCUGAUUGCAACUGUAAUAGCUGCCACUGCAACAAUAAAGUUUGCUGGGAUCAGAAGCAUAGGGUGGGGGUGGACGGGGGUGAUCUGGCUGUUUAAUACGGUGACGUACAUGCUUCUUGAUCCCAUCAAAUUCGCAGUUAGAUAUGCUCUGAGUGGAAGAGCCUGGGGCCUUGUGUUGGAGAAAAGGACUGCAUUCUCCACGAAGAAGGAUUUUGGAAGGGAGGCGCGUGAGGCUGCAUGGGCAGCUGAGCAACGGACACUGCACGGGCUUCAGUCAAAUUCCCUGUUCGAAAAGAGCAGCUUUGCAGAACUUAAUCUCAUGGCAGAAGAAGCUAAACGACGUGCAGAGAUCGCAAGAUUGGUAGAGAUUCAUACCCUCAAAGGAAAGGUGGAGUCUUUUGCCAAGCUAAGAGGAUUGGACAUUGACGCCAUGAAUCAACACUACACUGUUUAAACAUUUCUCCAUCUCUCUCUGUUUCUCUUUUCUAUGUAUCACACGAUUAUGUAA